AUGAAGGCUCGCAGGCACUCCCUGGGAUCUGAUCACACGUUCUCUGAAAUGAGCUUCCUGUCACAAGGGAAUCAUCCUAGUCUUCAUCCUGUGUCCAGUGUGAGGGACGGCCCCGCUAGCCAACGCGAGAGAGAAUGCCGUCAAGAACCUCAGCUCGAGCAUCAUCUAUGUGACCGUAAGCUGGCUAUGUCACACUCAAGCAACAAUUUGUGUGGCGUGAAACGGAGAUUGGAUACUUCGCACUCGCCGUCGUUCACAGUCAAGGGGCCAAAUGCCCGCGAGGUUUCCACGGACGUUCACGGAUUUCGGAAUGCUGCCUCCGAACCUCAGACCAAAAGAAGAAAGACAUCGAGCCGAUCACCGUCUGUUCCAUACACUUCGUCUGAAAGUGAUGUGGGUGGUCUGGACGAAAGCAGAGGCAUCGAACAAUACCUGUUGGAUGUCUUGCAUGCCGGGCUGGAUCACCAAGCCCUAUGCUCAGAAGAUUCGAAGCCCGUCUUGGCCAGACGUUACUGGAGUCUAUCUGAGUUAUGGGUACUGCUGUGGGAGAGACAAGCAUUCUGGUCCAAUGAGACAGGAAACGAAAAACAAGCCUCUCACGAACCAACCCCUGAACAGCCAGCUGCAGCUGAAGUCACUCCAGAGAAGCUCCAGGAAAACAAAUUUCAAAAUUCUGCCUCUGAACCUCAGACCAAAAGAAAAAAGGCAUCGAGCCGAUCACCAUCUUUGCGUGGCAUGAAACGGAAAUUGGAUACUUCGCACUCGCCGUCGUUCACAGUCAAGGAGCCAAAUGCCCGAGAGGUUUCCACGGACGUUCACGGAUUUCAGAAUGCUGCCUCCGAACCUCACACCAAAAGAAGAAAGACAUCGAGCCGAUCACCGUCUGUUCCAUACACUUCGUCUGAAAGUGAUGUGGGUGGUCUGGACGAAAGCAGAGGCAUCGAACAAUACCUGUUGGAUAUCUUGCAUGCCGGGCUGGGUCACCAAGCCCUAUGCUCAGAAGAUUCGAAGCCCGUCUUGGCCAGACGUUACUGGAGUCUAUCUGAGUUAUGGGUACUGCUGUGGGAGAGACAACCAUUCUGGUCCAAUGAGACAGGGAACGAAAUACAAGCCUCUCACGAACCAACCCCUGAACAGCCAGCUGCAGCCGAAGUCACUCCAGAGAAGCUCCAGGAAAACGAUAGCCCAGGUAUCCCGGACUCGGUCGAAGCUAGUCAGAGUCACACUGAGAUGUCCAAUCCGACCCCGAAAACCAUGGUUGAAACCGCCUCUACUGCCAGUAGCGAUGGACUGGAACAACAUUCCGUUCUCGGGCCACAAGGCAACGCUGCGCAGGAGGAAAAUGAGGCUCUUCAAAUUUCGGACAGAAAAGGUUAUCUGAAUGUCGCAAGCAAUGUUGCCGAGGCAUCGAACAAACAAUAUUUCUACACGGAAACCUGGAAUGAAGACAACUGCGAAUCUCCUUUGGAGGGACCAGGUGACGAUUCGGCUUCCCCUGCACCCACGCUAGAAGUCCAACAAGUACCUGUACCUAACAUCGACAUUUAUGAGAUAAGUCAAAUCGAUGACGACGACGAGUUUUACCACACGUUAGAUGUUGCUUAUGAUGAAAUCACGAGCCCCGGGCUCAUGGCAAAAGUUGCAAACUUACAGCGAUCGAUUGCUAAAAAUGGACUGGACGGCAGCCGUCCGCAGCCAACUCAAAACGCGGACUACCUUGAUGAGUUUGAUGUGACCGAGGACACAGAGGAAGGAGAGCCGAAAGAAUUGGCGACAGUCUCUGAAAACACCAUACAAGAUAAUCAUGGUUCAAGGCCACCAGAGCCUUGCCAGCAACAUGAAGAACCCUUACAGUAUUCGAAUUAUCCGCUCUUUCAUCAGAGCAAUGAGUUGAGUGGGGAGUGGCCGUGGCUCGCCAGGGAAUAUGCCCAGCCAACAUUCCCUUCAUCCCCCGAAAUCAAUGCGAGACUGAGUCGGUUUCCGGGGAUACGUGGAUUUUGGCGACAAAACCGACUAUAUUGA